AUUCUAGCAAUUUUUCAACUGGUCUUAAGAUUUUUGAUCAGGAGUGUAUGUCAGAGAUGUACUUUGGCGCAAGACCAUGAAAAGACUUGUACACAAGCAGAGCUGAUUUAAAGUCUAUUCUCUGAGUGACGGGAAGCCAGUGCAGGGACCUGAGUACUGGACUAAUGUGCCCAUAUUUCUUGGUUCUAGUCAGGACUCGAGCAGCAGCAUCCUGGAUGUACUGCAGCUGGUUUAGGAGAGAAGACAAAGGCAUGGAUUAGUCUCUCUAAAUCUGGCUUAGACACUUUCUCUUGAUAUUUUCACUUUUUUCUUGUAAAAAAAUGGCUGCAGAUUUUUAAAUGUUUGCUUUUGUUUUAGUUUUCUGGUUAAAUGAUAUUUUUAGAAUGUGCAGCACGCCAAUAAAAAAGCAGGCGCGGACUGCACUUUGGACACACCUGACGUAAAGCAGCAAUUCUUUUUUUCACAUCCUCAGGGAGUUCUAUGCCAUGAGGUGCCAUGUUGAACUUACUCUUACUUACUGAAUGUACCGGUAUAAGGAUUAAUGUGGUGUAAUAUUUCAGUGCCGCUUUGUUUAAAAGCCUGUACACGAUUUUUUUUGUCUGUAGGCUGGAAAGAAAACGCGUGGCGACACAUCUGUUCCAGCAGAGAGCACUGUCGGGAGCAGAUGCCAUCAACGCCCUCAGACCCUUUUACUUUGCUGUCCAUCCUGACUUUUUUGGUCAGCACCCCAUGGAACGGGUAGGAAGUGAAUGAAAAUUCCUUAAAGAGAUUAAACGGCUAUUUGGAAAGCCUACAGAAGCCUGGCUCUCGCUCCGUUCAGCCCAUGAAGCUCACCUUUUAUGUAAGGGACACAAAGGACAGCAGUGAUGUGCAGCAAGACCUCCUCACCUCUGGCUUCCGUUCAGUGACCUUUGUCCUGCAUACAAAUGAUGUUCUGAGCACAGUGACAAAUGUGUUAAAGUCCUGCAGUCUGCCCGUGGAGCACAUGAAAGCGCUGGAAUCCGUUGCUCAUGCUUCCAAAAGUCCAUCAGGAGGGACCGUUCCCUUUUACAGGCCCAUUAAGUGGGAUAAGAGCUACUACACCUUCACUGGCUUCAGAGACCCUGAGCAGGAGUUUCAUCAGGCCACCAGAGUAGAGCCCACUCUCAGCUUGUGGCUUCAGAACAACGAGUCCGAGGCGACAAAGAAGCACCAAGACAGUCUUCCUCGGCGAGAAGAACUGAAACGCUUGAAGAAGGAUCUGUGCCAAAAAUUUGACCUGGCUGACAUCAGGUGGCAGCGCAGCUGGGGGGUGGCCCACAGGUACUCUCAGCUUCAGAGCCUGAGCCGAUUGUCUGUGCAGAAUCUGGACGCCAUGAUCAACCUACAAGGUCACACGGUCAUAUUUGCCGACCAGUCGGGGAUGAACGCCUGCGGACACGUCAUGUUGGGGACAAUGGAUGUUCAUCAUCAGUGGACCAAACUGUUUGAGCAGCUUCCCAGCUAUUGCCGCCUGCAGCAGCAGACCGAGUGGCUCAAGGAGAGGAUCAGCCUCCUCCUGGGCGGGACCCGGGUCGUUCACAUAGAGAGGCUGGGACCGGUUCGACCCAUCAUCGAGCUCUACGGCACCUUCAACACCUUCCACAACAAUCUCAUUUCCAGGCGGCUUAGUCUACACCCCAGAAGUCUUGAGGGUCUUACCAUGAUGCUGGAGAAGGAGUGGUCUAGUCCCAGUCUUCAUGAGAUGGGGCACUUCAUCAUACCCACCAACUGUGACCUUCCCAGCCUUCAGGCCUUCCUCCAGAACCACGCCUCCAAGGCCAGACAACAAACUCAGCGUACAAAACUGUUGCUGACCGAGGAAGAGGCUGUAAUGAAGCUGUGUCUCCAGAGUCUUUCUCUCAGGACUCUGUCCAAGGAGCCCAGCGUCACCUCCAGUCAGAUGAUCCUUUGCUGUGGAAGGUUGUUGGACCAGCGCUCGCCCCUCAUGCAGGGCCUCCACGUCCGUGUUUCCCAUUUCUACUCCGUGACGCAGGACGGGGACCUCAGCAUCCCGUGGGACUGGAAAGGUUGAGUCCGUCCACAAGGUACCGAAAAUCCUGUUGGUUUUCAACUGGCGCUUGUGAGGAAACGUUUAACGGUCAGUCGAUUCAGGAAGACCACGUAGGAAUGUUUGAAACAUAAGCACGUCAUUCUUGAACUCAAGAAGGAGCCAUGUCAGUGUUGAAAGCAAACAAAGAAUGACUGCGUUGGCCCGAAGGAAGCUGCCAAUGCCAGCAAUUUGAUGAAGAAGGUGAGAAACUGUAUUGAAUUCAAAGAAAGAACUCUUUGGAAGUACGACGACGGCAACCCCCUCCGCUCCUCACCGUCUUUACCAUCAAGAGUCUUCACUGAAGGGGGGGUGGGGGGUCAGAGUUGAGUUGUAGCUCCAACAGUAGCCCGUGUUAGGGAUCAUUGUGCCUGUUUUAAGAUCAUUCAUGUCUCACCAACAUGACAGCAACAUUACUGACACCUAGUGACCACUGUGGAAUGCUCUGCUAUGUAUCACGCUUUUGAGUGCAUCUUCUGAACGCCUUAUAUUUGUUAUAUUUGGCCGCGUUGAGCCACAAAGCAACAUGAUUUAUUGAUGAACGUCUUUGAAAAACCGGGAUAGAGUGAAGCCACGGAAUUUCAAGCGCAAAGUGGCGAGGGAUUACUGCCGGUAGGCUUUUCCCAAUCAUAUACUUUGAUGUCCUGAUUAUGAUUUCAACAAGUCCAAUUAAACGGCCCACAGACUAACUAACCUAUGGCAGUCAGAGCUGUGUGUGUUGUGGAGACAUGCUGGCCGUAUCGCACACACUUUCGUGCGCACACUUGAGUCUUGAGUGCAUGAGUGCGUACGGCUGAAUGCAGUACACCGUACUACCCGGAUGUUACACUCAUCAACAGACUCCACCUCGGCGACGCAGCUGAGGGGGCGGGACGAACUUCAAAUGACGGCGACUGAGGAGCAACCCGUAGCGGUGGAGAAGAAGGUGUUUGAUUGGUUCUUUGUGCGAGGCGUCAGUAUGCUGCGAACAGGAAGUUAGAGGCCUGGCUUGUAGCAUUUCCUGCUUCACAUGCUGCACCUUUUAUUUUACUGACUAAUGAACACUUGAAAAUAUCAUCUUGGCUGCUCUGAAACAACAAUUUGACAUGUACGGGUCACCUGUACUUUUACCUUCCGUAGUCCUACUUAAUGCUUACAUCGAUACCUGAUACCAGACCUGUGGACUCGAGUCAUGCGACUUGGACUGACAAUUUUGAUGUCUUUGGACUUGACUCGACAAUAUCAUCAAAGACUUGCCACUCGAUUAAGACAUGACUUUUUUUUUUUAGUCCUGUCCAGCCAUUAGGCAGAUAGUCUUGUUGAUCUAAAUGCCCUUUUACUCUGCCAGGGAAAAGUGUGAGAUACACUUCCCCUGUUAUACAGAAUGUCUUUGACUUGGAUGUUUUGUUGUUAUGCAAAUUUGAAGCGGUCGGACCAGAGCAGGAGGGGAUAGAGAAGAAGAGAAAAGAAAACAGAGAGGGGAGUGUGGGGAUAAGAGGGGGACAAAAAAAAGAGAGAGACAAAGACAACAGCAAUUGCGACAACAAUAACAAAACAACAGAAACAAACAGGACUACAUCAGCAAAUGUCUGACGGCUAUAAAAACCAUGACGGAAAGGACAAAAUAACAUCAACAACCACAAUGAUAAAACUGCAUUGAAACUGUCACACAUACAGUAUUAGUAGUAAUAGUAGUGAUGAAAUGAUUAACUAUGAUAGUGAUCAGAAUGACUAUAAAACUAUAAUCAUAUUAUAGUUAUAUUAUAUUUCACUGUAAUGAAAGCAAGAACAUAAUAACACCCUGGUUAACUCAGUGAGUCAUGUGGGGACGUACGUAUGUACAGGUAUCUCUGUAUGUGUGCAAGUCGUCAUGUAUACUGUAUGAAGGUGCGCGUAUGUGUGAGUGUGUACUUGUCACUGAGAAUGCAUGAAAGGAGAGGGACUGCCUCCCACCACCGAGCAAGCGGCAGGCAGCACAAAGACCAGCCCACAGAGCCCUCCCCCCGGGAAGACCAGCAAGGGCCCGCAGAGAGGCAAUCCCAACAGGGCGCCAGCAGGCUGGAGGACAGCCAACCCCUGAGACCGGCGAGAGAUCACACCCCACAAGGGCAGACGGGCCCCGGGGGCCACACACCAGCAGGCCCAGAGACACCCCCGCAACCGGAAGGGAGCCUGCCCACGGCGGAAGUGCUAGUGAGUGACAGACUACUCACCACAGCACAGGCUCGGGCAAGCUGCGGGCCGCAGGACACACCACAGGACCUACCCGGCCCGCCAGGACCCCCAAACCGCCAAACACCAUGGACCCUCCCUCGUAGAGAUGGUAGGUAAGCACUCGUGCCCCCACCGAGGGGAUACCCCCACACGCCCCACAGCAGACGAUCCCACGCGGCAGCCGAGCAGGAGGGCCCAGUCUCUCAGUAGCUACUGUAUAUGAUCUAAGGAGCUUUUUGGAAAGGGCUGUGUUCAAUUUCAAUUCAAUUUCCAGUUGAUGAGAAUGGUUUUCUUGGCCAUGCUUGAUGCAGUGAUGACAAUAUAUCAUUUAAGUCAUGUUUCAGGGGCAGAUAUUUAAAAAAAUGGGUCAAUGGUGGGAUUGCUUUCCCAUCAUAUAUUACUGAAACUGGCUCUAAUUAUAGAUUUUAUUUGUAUGUAAAGUUAAAGUAUUGAGAAAAAUGUUGUAUUGUAACAAGAAAAAAAGUCCCGAUUUUAUGAAAAGAACUAAUAUUUUGAAUUUUGAGGAAAAAU